ACGCCUGACGCAGAGGCGAGCUGUCACGCGAGGCUAUUGCCUAUAUUGCUCUUUAGAUUUGGAAUUUUGGAGGCAUCGUUUCCUUUCGAAGUUCAAAUUGCAUCGAGCAUCGACUAAAAACUAGGAACUUCAAACUUAAAUAGUGAGAAAAGAUUUGUGCUGUUUUUUUAUAUCAUGUAAAAUUUUAAUAUUAAAUAUAAGUGCAAUGCUAUCAAAGUAUUCAAUAUACGGAGGAGGACGAUGGCGGGAGAUUGAUAUAGAAACUGGUCGCGUCGCAGGAUGGGCAGGCUCCAACUUUGUUUAUACAAAACGCGGCAACUUAGUAGUGCUUAAAUCAAAAUCUGUUUUAAGAGGAUUGAAGGACCUUGCAAGUGGUCACAUAAGCACGGUUAAAGAUGGUUUUCACCUAUCACAAUUAAUAAAAAAGAAGAAACCUAAAAAGUCGCCAAAGCAAAUUAAAUGCAAAUGUUACUAUCAACAUAAACAUGAUGUCGCAGCUCCAAAUGUCAAAAUUCUACAAACAAAUGUGUCUAAUGCCUCUAUUCAGUGCAACAUAGUGCCUGUUGAUAAAACACUGAAUAAUUUAAAUAUAAGAGAGUCUGUAGAAAAAGACGUAGAGAGCAUUGAAAGUACUGUCUCAGAUAACAUUGCACGAGCAAUAACAAUAUCAGAAAGUGAUGUGGAGACAUUCCGAAGCUACAUUGUACAUAGUACAAAAAAUAUAUUUAAUGUAGAUCUCUUUAUGUACGAUGCCAACGAUGAUUAUAAACGGAGUGUAUUUUAUAAAAUUACACCAAUUGUUAAAGUACAAAGGCAUCCAAUUAUACAAAGUCUUGUCAGACAGAAGCAAUUUAAAAUCAAACUUAACUCUCCAGAAAUGAGAAACAAAACACAAACGCUUUCAAAGAAAACUAAUUAUUGUGAGCCAAAAAUUAAAAUUAUUAAUCAUGAGGAUAACUCUGACAGUGAAAUUACUAAUGAAGGAGAAAUAAUAAAGCAGAAGACAGUUGACAUUGUACAGAAGUUUGAUAGUAAUGUAAAUAAAGAUUUAAUUGAAAAUAAAGGAAAGAGGAAGGCCGUUGAAGUAAUAAAUCAACCAAAGAGUCAAGAGAAGAGAUCAAGACUUAACAAUAGCGAUAGUUUGAAGGAGAACAUUGACAAUGUUCAGAGAGAUAAGUUUGGAAAUCCGAUAAAUAAAGUGUAUCUAGUUAAAAAGUGGUCAGUUAAAAAUAAGAGAACUCGGCCCACAAAUGAGUUCUCAUUAUUAGAAGAUGAAGCAAUCGUUGCUUGGAUAGUUACAAAUAAAAAAGGAAAUUUAGUGAACGGUAAUAGAAUGUGGAAGGAGAUGGAGCCCAUACAUUUAAAAGUUACCGGACAUUAUCGUUCUUGGCAUUCCCUUCGCAACCGAUACCUGCGACAUCUCCUCCCAGCUCUCGGUAGUCUCAGCUUGACUCCUUCACAGAUCACUGAUCUCCGGGCAGCGGCUGCUACUGGCGAACUGAAAGCCAUCAAAAUGAACAAGAAUAACUCGAUAUACAGAACUGAGCCUGUUCGCAGUGCUUGGAGUGCACGGCCACAGAAGUUGCAACAUUCUGAUGACGAACUCUGUACACCUUCUCGAAAUUUACGUUCAAAUGUAGUAUCACCGCCAAGAAGCAAAUUGCCAACAUAUUCAGAAAUAACACGAAGAUUUGCUGAAAAACAUCGAUCGACACCUAAUUCUGAAGAGGAUGUCACAAAUAAAGCACCACCAAAAGGCAAUAAGACUAACAAAGAGAGUGAGAAGGUGACAAAUCAGUCAAACAAACAACCAAGAGUUAGUCUGAAAAUCAUCAGAGUUGACACAAACUCUGAUGAGGAAGGUUCGCUUAGAGUAGUGAACAUUGAUGAAAAACAAUACAAAAAGACAGAAGAAAAAUUAGUUAGCAAAUCACGUGAAAAAUCUUCAAGAUAUGUCAGUAGAAGAGAAGAGAGCCGUGGCGUGGAAAAGAACCGUAAAGAUCGCAAGGGAAAUGAAACUGAUACAGAUGAUGAAAAUGAUUUGGAAAAUGCCGAUAGAUCUGAUUUAAUUAAUAAACAUAGGAAGCGCACUAAUAAAGAUAAUUCCGAGUCAGAAGAAAGAAAUGAAAAGCAAGGCCGCAAUGAGACGCGUCAAGAAAACAGAUUUUCAAGGAGACUUCGCCAUGAGAGAUCUGGUGUAGAAGAUACACUUGGACAAAACAGAAGUAAAGUGGAAUCAGAUACAGAACAAAAAAAUCCCAAAACGCGUGAAAAUAGAGCUUCAAGAAGACGUAAAAGCCCGGAGAGAUCAAUUACUGAAAGAAGCAUAGGGCGACGCAAAAAUGAAGACUCAGAUACGGAACCAGAAAACAAAAAGAAGGUUGACAAUAGUCGAUCUUCCACAAGAAAUCGGGAAGCGGAAAUGUCCGGUGUGGAAAAGAAGAAUCUUAGACAACGCAGAAAUAAAAGUGAUUCAGACUCAGAACCAGAAAAGAAAAAGAAAGAUGACAAUAGUCGAUCUUCUACAAGAAAUCGGGAAGCGGAAAUGUCCGGUGUGGAAAAGAAGAAUCUUAGACAACGCAGAAAUAAAAGUGAUUCAGACUCAGAACCAGAUAUGAAAAAGAAAGAUGACAAUAGUCGAUCUUCUACAAGAAAUCGGGAAGCGGAAAUGUCUGGUGUGGAUAAGAAGAGUCUUAGACAACGCAGAAACGAAAAUGAUUCAGACUCAGAACCAGAAAAGAAAAAGAAAGAUGACAAUAGUCGAUCUUCUACAAGAAAUCGGGAAGGGGAAAUGUCUGGUGUGGAUAAGAAGAGUCUUAGACAACGCAGAAACGAAAAUGACUCAGACUCAGAACCAGAAAAGAAAAAGAAAGAUGACAAUGGUCGAUCUUCUACAAGAAAUCGGGAUGAGGAAAUGUCCGGUGUGGAAAAGAGGAAUCUUAGAUACAGGAAAAAUAAAAGUGAUUCAGAACCAGAUAUGAAAAAGAAAGAUGACAAUAGUCGAUCUUCUACAAGAAAUCGGGAAGCGGAAAUGUCCGGUGUGGAAAAGAAGAAUCUUAGACAACGCAGAAAUAAAAGUGAUUCAGACUCAGAACCAGAAAAGAAAAAGAAAGAUGACAAUAGUCGAUCUUCUACAAGAAAUCGGGAAGCGGAAAUGUCCGGUGUGGAAAAGAAGAAUCUUAGACAACGCAGAAAUAAAAGUGAUUCAGACUCAGAACCAGAUAUGAAAAAGAAAGAUGACAAUAGUCGAUCUUCUACAAGAAAUCGGGAAGCGGAAAUGUCUGGUGUGGAUAAGAAGAGUCUUAGACAACGCAGAAACGAAAAUGAUUCAGACUCAGAACCAGAAAAGAAAAAGAAAGAUGACAAUAGUCGAUCUUCUACAAGAAAUCGGGAAGGGGAAAUGUCUGGUGUGGAUAAGAAGAGUCUUAGACAACGCAGAAACGAAAAUGACUCAGACUCAGAACCAGAAAAGAAAAAGAAAGAUGACAAUGGUCGAUCUUCUACAAGAAAUCGGGAUGAGGAAAUGUCCGGUGUGGAAAAGAGGAAUCUUAGAUACAGGAAAAAUAAAAGUGAUUCAGAACCAGAAAAGAAAAAGAAAGAUGACAAUGGUCAAUCUUCUACAAGAAAUAGGGAAGAGGAAAUGUCGGGUGUGGAUAAGAAGAGUCUUAGACAGCGCAGAAACAAAAAUGAUUCAGACUCAGAACCAGAAAAUAAAAAGGAUUCAAGGCGAUCCUCUAGAAGACUUGAAGAGGAAAGAUCUAGUAUAAAUAAGAAGUUUAGACAGAGCAUAAAUAAAAAGGAAUCAAACACAGAAAAUAAAUCAAAGAAUCAUCAAAGUCCAAGUUCUGUCACAGAACAGAAGCAUCUUAAACAGAUCAGAAAUAAACAUGAAUUAGACAGAGAAGAAACGAAAAAGCAAGAUAAGGAACGGGAAAAUAGAUCUUCGAGAAGACUUCGAAGUCUAGAAAGAUCUCUAACAGAAAAGAACAAUCUUAGAUCACUUGGAAAUUUAGAAGAAAAUGAAAAAUUUUCUAGAAGCAAGAAGACAGACAAAUCUGACACUGAUGAUAAAGAAAACGGCGCCGAUAAUAAGAUGUAUCUGAGACAGUACAGAUAUAAAUCUGGUGCCGAAUUGGAAAAUGCUAAAACCACAAAGAAUAGAGAAAAUGGAAAUGUUAGUAAAAAUGAGAAAAAUAUUCAUAGCAAACCUGUCAAAGUUGAUAGAUCUAAACGAAAGUAUAUAGAAAUCUCAGAUUCGAAGUCUGAAAAUGAACGGGAAAAGAAAAAUAAAAGAGUCAAAAGAUCGUCAGGCUCUGAUAGUGAUUUCGUCAGAACUUCAAAAAAAGAGACAAAUAGAAGUCGUAGUAGGGUCGGCAAACAAAGCGACGACAGCGAUUUCAGCGUUAACUCCUCUCAAACGUCAAUAACGUCAAAGAGUGACUUUGACAGCUCCAAUGAUAAUGUCAAGAAACGGUUGACAAGACAAAGCCACAAAGUCGAAUCGGGCAGCAGAGAUAAUAUCAUUUUUGAAAUUAGUGAUAACGACGAAGCAUAUGCCAGUAGAUCUGACACAGAGGUCAAAAAUACUGGAAAAAGAAAUUUAAGAAAACUUUUCAACCACAGAGCACAUUAAUAAAUUAAGAACGUCCGCCAUCUUGAAUGUUGACUCUGUGACUUGUAAGCGGAAAUGCAUCUUAAAUGAGGAUAUUAUUUUUUUAAAUAAAGCUAUAUUUGUGUU